AUGACAUGUUUUAACUUUGAGGUCAUCGAACCGGCGUGGAUUUCUCGUCAUUUGACAAAGGAACGGCUGCUCAAAAUGGAACAGCCCGGGAGUACUCUUGAAUGCGAAGCGAAGGGGUUUCCGGCACCGAGUUUUCGCUGGUACAAAGAUGGGCAUCGGAUUGAUAGAAAACGCUACAAGAUUGAGACCGUAAUUGUAAAAUCUAGCUGUGGUGCACACUGUUCGCAAACAGCCACAAGUACGCUAUUAUUUGCGAAACCACUGAAAUGGGCAGACAAGGGGAACUACUCGUGCCGCGCUCUAAAUAGUCCGGACCACCAGAGUGCAGACGACACUUCGUGGACCAUUGUACGAAUCAAUCAUGGACCAGUCAUACUGAAUCAACGCUUUCCGGAUGAAGGAAUCGCUGCGGCUGAUGUUGGCACCAUGGCACAAAUACGCUGUAUAGUGUCAGCUCGUCCUGAACCGAAAUCGUUCAGCUGGAUGUUUAAUUCUGUCCAUAUUGAGGAGAAUGGAAGGUAGUU